GAACUUUAGGUUCUAUCAAAAUUCGCAGUUUAGCAAUAUUCCCUUUCCAAUACAAAUUUUCGGGCCAGUCCCUACCCGCCGAGACUUCUGGCCGGUCCCAUGUUAUGUCUAAACUCUAUUCUCUACGUAAAUUCCCGCUACAUUAUUGCGCAUAAGGAUUGUCUUAUCAUGUCGUAUCAGAUACUGUCGAAAACUCUAGUGGUCCCUUGCAGCUCUCAUCGCUCCAUUGCAUGGCAAGUAGAAAUCCGUGUCAAAGGGCCGCAUUAAUGGCGACCAUGUAGGAGGAGACUAGUACUGGUUCUUCCCUUGAGGCUUUGAUUGGUAGUUAGUUCGUUCCCGGUGCAGAGCGAUAUAUAUUAUUUAAACAGAUGCGGAGAAUGCGAGAGCUUUGAAUACUGCGUGAUGUUUAAAGAAUGGACAGUUCGAGUGAAUCCAAGACCAGAAGUGAAGAGUGUAAUUCUGUGAAGAGAGACAAUCAAGAUUUUCUCCCGUCUUCAUCGUCGUCUUUGUCACGCCACCACGUUCAUACUCAGCACAGGCGCUCAAAGAGUGCUUCAGACCGGGAUUUAGAUGCGAAAGCAGAUAGGUCAUUGCAUUCCAGAAAGGGCCAGAAUGGGACAGCGGUAUCGCCACCUUCGACUUGGGCUCGUAAGGUUCAAAGUCCACUUCAUGAUCCUUUUGGUCAUAUCGGCAAAAACUCCGUUUCAAGUCAACGAGCCUCAUUGGAGAAGGAUAUUGAACAGCUGCAAUCGCGUCUGCAGCAAGAAAAAUCAAUGCGGCUUGCGCUUGAGAGGGCAAUGGGCCGAACCUCUAGUACUUUAUCUCCUGGGCAUCGACAUGUUGCUUCAAAGACGAAGGAGUUGAUUACUGAAAUCGAGCUGCUUGAAGAGGAGGUUGCCAACAGAGAACAACAUGUCCUGUCUCUUUACCGGACCAUCUUUGAGCAAUGUGCGAGUCAGCCUUCUUCUCAGCAAAGCUCAGGAGUUGCAUCUCCUGCCCACACUAAGAACAUUCCCAGGAAGCAUCCUAGCAUCAUAUCGAGCGCAUUUUGUUCCUCAAAGAAUUUCCCACUACGACCUCUGCGGUCCCUUAUCAGUUCGGACAACUCGGAAAAGAGAAGUCUGAGGAAGAAUCAUGCUCUGCCACUGAGUGCAAAGACUACAGAAGUUCACUGCGAGAAGCCUUAUUCCAGCCCAAAUAAGAUCCCCGCCACAGAAAGGACUUCCAUGCUAAGGACGCUGAAAGACCACCUUUAUCAGUGCCCAAGCAAGUUGUCGGAGGAAAUGGUCCGUUGUAUGGUUGCAGUAUACUGCUGGCUUCGAAGUACAACAUCUAUCGACCCGGCAAAAGAUCGAUCACCCUUAUUGUCAAGAUCAUCAACUAAUGUGGUUCUUCCGCGACGUGGUAUUAUUCAAGGAGAGCAAUUUUGUUCUUCCAAAUCAAUGGUGGAGAUUUCCUGGAUUUCUACUGAUAAGAGGCAAUUCUCGCGUGCUUCUUAUGCCAUCAACAACUACCGAAUGUUAGUCGAGCAGCUGGAAAGGGUAAAUGUUAGUCAGAUGGAAGACAAUGCCCGGACUGCAUUUUGGAUCAACGUGUACAACUCUCUCAUAAUGAAUGGUUACUUAGCUUAUGGAAUCCCGAAUGGCUCUUUGAGAAGGUUAGCGCUGUUCCACAAGGCUGCAUACAAUAUUGGAGGUCACAUAGUAAGCGCUAAUGCAAUAGAGCAAUCGAUAUUCCGUUUCCACACUCCUCGAGUUGGAUGGUGGCUCGAAACUAUUGUAUCCGCGGCCCUGAGGAAGAGAUCGGGAGAAGAAAGGCAAAUAAUCAGCUCAAAAUUCGGCCUUCCAAGUGGCCAACCCCUUGUUUGCUUUGCUCUUUGCACAGGAGCUGUUUCCGAUCCCGCGCUGAAGGUCUAUACGGCCCUGAAUCUUAAAGAGGAGCUGGAGUCGGCGAGGAGGGAUUUCCUGCAAGCGAAUGUUGUCGUGAAGAAAUCAAAGGUAUUCCUGCCUAAAGUGAUCGAGAGGUUUGCCAGAGAGGCCUCCAUUAGGCCGGAUGAUCUCCUCAGUUGGGUUAUCGAGAAUGCUGAUAGGAAACUCCACGAAAUGAUGACCAAAUGUAUUGAUGGCAAGAUUAACCGUAAGAAAGCGUCUCAGAUCAUUGAGUGGCUCCCUUACUGCUCGAGGUUCCAGUACGUCUUCUCCAAGGACUUGACAGAAAAGCCUUGGUGGGUGUGAGGUCCGCGUAAAUGAUCGGAGGGAACUCUCGGGCAUAACAUGGAUCAUUUUCACAACGCUAGGAGUCAUUAUCCGGCCCAAGAUGUUUGAAGGAUCCAACUGAUCAAGCAGGACCGUACACGAGUUAGUGAUUGUCUGUCUGAACAGAAAGGCUCUUGUUGUAAAAAAUGACCUUUGUUUCAUUAAAGAGAAUUUGACUGUCACUGUUAACAGUUUUGUUCUCCCAUUAGCCGGUUGCAUAUACGGUCGAUAGAUCAGAACUUUCUCGAUCGAAUGCCGUAUUUGCUUUCAGGGAAA